AUUGACAGAGCUGUCAGUGUUGCUGCAGUUACACAAACCAUGGCCACUCCACAGACCCUUCUGAUUAUUGGAAUAUUUGUUUUAGUAGGUUUUGAUGGAUGUUUCUCCGUAAGUCCUGAGGAGGAGCAGAACCCAAACUUUUGGUAUAACAAGGCUAAAAAGGCUCUUCAUGCAUCCAUCUCCAUGACGUUCAACAGGCACCGAGCUAAAAAUCUUAUCCUCUUCCUUGGAGAUGGCAUGGGAAUCAGCACUGUAACCGCAGCAAGAAUCAUGAAGGGACAGAUGGAAGGGAGGACAGGAGAGGAGAGUGUUUUGGCCAUGGACACAUUCCCUCAUCUGGCUCUCUCCAAGACCUACAAUGUUGAUCAGCAGAUGCCUGACAGUGCAGCAACAGCCACUGCAUAUCACUGUGGUGUGAAGGCAAACUAUGGCACUCUGGGUCUCAGUGCAGCCGCACGCCGCAAUAACUGCAGCAGCGUUGAAGGCAACGAGGUCAAAUCAAUUCUUCAUCAGGCAAAGAUGGCAGGGAAGUCUGUUGGCAUAGUAAGCACGACACGUGUUCAGCAUGCAUCACCCGCUGCCAGUUACUCCCACUCCCCUGAAAGAGACUGGUACAGUGAUAAAGAGCUGACCUCUGAAGCUAUUACAGGGGGAUGCAAGGACAUUGCAUACCAACUCAUCCAUAAUACUGAUAUAAACGUUAUUUUAGGUGGUGGAAGACAGUACAUGUUUCCCAAGGAAACCUUUGAUCCUGAAUACCCCACAUUUACAGGGAGCCGACAAGACAAAACAGAUCUAGUUCAAGAGUGGUUAAAAAACAGAAAAAAUUCCAAAUAUGUGUGGAAUAAAAAAGACUUUGAUGCUGUCAAAGAGGAACAAACUGAUUACUUGAUGGGGCUUUUUGAGCCAAAGGACACUAGGUAUGAGUUGGAACGAGACCCUUCAAUGGAUCCAUCGUUGACAGAGAUGGUGGAAAAAGCUAUCAAGAUUCUUAGCAAAAACUCUAAAGGAUUCUACCUCUUUGUGGAAGGUGGGAGAAUAGAUCAUGGCCAUCAUGCAGGCCAGGCCAAGUACGCUUUGACUGAGGCUGUGGAAUUUGACAGGGCCAUUGCGCGGGCAGCUGAGCUGACAAGUGAACUUGACACCUUGUCCGUGGUGACUGCUGACCAUUCCCAUGUGUUUUCUUUCGGUGGCUACUCUUACAGGGGCAAUCCUGUGCUAGGCACUUCCUAUUCAAAAGCUGAAGAUGGUAAGAGCUUUACUAAUGCACUUUAUGGAAAUGGUCCAGGAUACCCGACUGGAACUCGUCCCGACAUGAAUGACACAAUCUCAAGCAGUGAUGACUAUCUUCAGCAGGCUGCUGUACCUCUUGAUUCAGAAACUCAUGGUUCUGAGGAUGUUGCAAUUUUUGCCAAAGGACCAAUGGCCCACCUCUUCCACGGAGUCCAAGAGCAGAGUUACAUACCUCAUGCUAUGGCUUACGCUGCCUGUAUUGAGCCAUAUGCUGACUGCUUGCUAGAAAGUGUAGAUCACUCUGGACAACUAUGCACUCAGUUCAGCCUCCUGGUUCUGAUAUUGAGCUUGCUGUCCUCACUCACAGCCCUAAUAUAAUGUGACUAAAGGGGGGUGAGGUGCACUUUAUUUAGCAUGCUUGUACAUCACAGUACAUUUGCACGUUUUUCCAAUCCAGCUGCAACAUUAUCUAGACAACUGGAAAGUAGGAUGACUUCUUCUACAUUGUUUGCAAAUACAGUUUGGUUGUUGAAAUAUCUUUUAAAUCCUCUGUGAGGACAUGAAUAAUUUCAGAGGAGAUUGUAGCACCUAUUUCUCUAAGUGGUGAGCAAUUACUGAUUUAUAAAUGUCAAUAAAAUCUGGCAUCUAGAAACUGUACUUACCUUUAUAUUGUACAUUUCUCUAAUGCCACUCAACAAAUGGACGUAUAAAUCAGUAACCUCUGUGUAGACUUAAUUUAUGUUUAAAAACAAUACUUCAAACAUUUACCUUCACAAUGCUGGCUAUUAUGAUGCAUUAUAAAUAUUGUGGAUAUUGGGAACAAUGUGAUUCACUAGUGCUAUCUCCAGGUAAAAAAAUAACUAAAUAAAAUAAAGUGGUUUGAAAGAUA